AUGUUGCUUUGGCUGUUAGCCUUCGUUUUUUCGAUCAAUGCCGAGCCGAAACCGCAAGGUGGUAUCUCCGGGCAUCUGAUGAACAUUCUGCAGAACAUUCACUCGAACUCGAAGCAGCACAUCAAGAUCGAGAUCGACACCGAGAACACGAAAGAUAUCCAUACAGAGAUCACCUAUCUCGACUUCACAAACCUGCCCGCCAGUGUCCUGUCCAUUCUCGGCUCUCACAAAAGCGACUUCGUGACUUUCGGAAAAACAUACGCGAAAAAGAUCAGCAGAUCAAAUGGCGACAAAGCGGCAACAAAUUUCGUCUCGAACAAUGGCUAUUUGAAAGACUUGCUGAAGAAAAAUCUCUACUACAAAGUCGGAAUGCAUCCCUAUAUGGACCUCGACGAAGAGGAGACUUUAGCUCUUGCUGCUUUAAAGUCAGCGAAACGCUUUGUGAAGAAACAAGAAAAUACGAGAAAACGAAGAGAUGAUGAAGAGGAAAGCAGUGAUGAUGAGCUUCCCGAAUCUUUCGAUUGGAGAGACAAAGAUGUGGUGCCAGAGGUGAAGAAUCAAGGAAGCUGUGGCAGCUGUUGGGCGUUCGCCACCGCCGCUUGCAUGGAGAUUCAGUAUGCUCGUGAGAACAACGAGAUCAUCGAUUUAUCUGAACAGCAAAUGACUUGCGUCUAUCCGAACAAAAAAACGAUCUGCAAGGGCGGCUUUCCAAGCGUCGCUUUCAACCACUAUAUGGACGAUGGUAUCGGGCUGGAGUCCGACUCGCCAUACGAUCCAAGUGGUGACCUCCGCUGUUACUCGUUUAAACAGCGACUAUCAGUCUCGUCAGUCACCGAUCUUUUACCCUUUGAUAUGGACACUGUGAAGAGAGCGAUUGUCAAUGAUGGUCCCAUUGCUGUCGGAAUGUACAUAAAUUGGAACUUCAUGUACUACGAUGGAGGGAUUUUCGACACAAGCUGCGAGGAUUUGUCUGGAUUGGGAGGACAUGCGAUGGUCAUAACGGGAUACGGAGUGGAGGACGAUUAUCCGUAUUGGAUCGUGCGGAACUCGUGGGGCACAAGCUGGGAGAAGAUGGCUAUGCUAGGG